AUGCACAUCUUUCGAGGCAAACUCAGCCUUCGGGGCCAAUCAUUCUUCGCCGACGAUGAAGGAUUCACCAUCAUUUUCCUCACCUCUGUCACUGUUGGCGAGCCUGUCUUUGUCUGCUGGCAAUGGACAGGUUCCCAGGAUGAAGACGGCGGUUUAACGGAAGCCAAAACAACCGCCACACAGGCUGGCUUCAUUGAUAGCCUAUACACAGACCGGGAUGGCCUUCCAAGAAUUGGCUUUUGUCACGGCAAAGAUUAUUCCUUUGAUGCAGUUGGUACGGGUGGCCGUAAUGAUUUCACUAGCCUAUCUGUGACAACGAAAGAAGAAUCCUCCGACAUCCUCUGUGAUCCACUUUCGUACGUUGAUCGAGCGGCUUCUUUCACGGAGUCUCCCCUUGCGGGCCUUACCUGGGUUAUCUAUCUGGGAAAUCUCUCGUACCAGGAGAGCGUCCAGAAUGAGUUGUGUGUCGUGGUUCUUCCCGAUCGAUUUGGAGUCGGGGAUCCAGUCUGCACCUACUGGCAAUGUAAGGAUGGCGAGGGGAAGACCAACUUUAACCUUCGAUGUGCCCUCGAUGAAUCUGAUGCUUUAUCCGAGGGACAAAGAAUCAAAUUUUCCAGCGAGGACUCUCACAUCUUCUCCGGUACUAUUUCAGGCACUAGGAAGGAUCUUAACAUGACGAUGAAGUUUGACAAUUCAACAACUUCUUCCAUUAGCAUGAUCCAGGCAUUUGCCGUAGUCGAACGCCUUCCUGCGUUGAACGUCCAGCUCGCGCCCUCUAUCGACGUUCUUUCAACGGUAUGCAACAACACAGAGAGAGUCAUAAUUGUCUCGAUCUAUAGCUCUGGCGGCGCCGAGAGCUUGAAGAAUGUUGUUUUAGGCGGUUUGGGCUUGUUCUUGACCGUCCUUGGUGUUCCAUUCCUCACGGUUGGAUUUGCCACUGGAUUGUAUCUUACGAGCGUGGUAUUCGGAGUGGCUGUGAUUCUCGACACAGCAACUGGCUCAGGAGAAGCAGUUACAGAUAUCAUCCUCUUCCCUGGCCAGUCUACCUUCCGUCUGAUCCCGGGACUCACUUGGCUCAAUAACGACAUGUCCGUGACACUUCUAGACAUUGAUGGUUCUGGAGAUCUCGUUCUACAAUCUGCAUACAAAGAAAGCCUAGGGACCGCUGCAUAUAACCUCCAAGACUACAUGCCUGGUUCAUCUCAAGCUCUACCAUACCAAGAGCGGGUGAGAAUCGGAUUGAAUCCGGAAACUCCUCUCCAACUGGAGUAUGUUGCUCUAGUGGCCAUCAAGGGGUUUCAGCCAAAUACUGUCGGCACAGAAUCCGUAUACAAUCCUAUACGGCUGCAGGAAGUAUCAACUAACAUGAUGCUAGUAUCAGGAAAUGAUGGGAAAACAUUAAAAGACUAUGGAGAAUGGACGUUGAGUACAGGCCUUAAGUGGGAUGGGAGCUCUAACUUCCUAUACAUGGCUAGUGCAAAUCUGGGAUUUAUCACUAUCAGAAGCCUUCCAGAGCUAUACCGCAGCGUCCUAAAGGUGCCACUAUACAAGGUAACGAGCGACAUAAACUACCUAAUCCCCGACAUACAGACAGAAGAUCAAGCGCUGCAACAAAUCGCACUAAGAGCAAAGCCGGGAAUGACGUCUCCUCCCAUCCGUGUUGCAUCGUGGAACAAAACGACUGGAGUUCUCACCGACCAUGGAGCUGAAGGCGAAAAGGGGCACAUGACUGUCGAAUACGACAGUGCCGAGUCCCCUUUGGUCGUAUACCUUUUGACCGCAGCCGUCCGACCAUUCCAGCGCAUGGUUCCAAAACAAUUAAACUACCAGGCUGUAUCACAGGCGUCAGAGGACUAUACCUGCGGGAUCGACGCCUCAACGAAAAACCUCCUUGGAGUAUCUGUCCUUGACUAUCUGUAUCCGCAAAAUCAAACCUAUAUCUUCUACUGGAAUGCCGACAGCCAAACCCUUUCCUACCUUCUUAAGAUGAAUCUCGCAGGAGGGACUCGGCCACAAUCACCACCAACAUCCAAAACGCCCCGCUUGCAUCUGCUCGAACUAAUACAUCUGUUCUACCCUGACAACAAAAAGAGCCGUGUUCUAAGAGAGCUUAUCAUGCAUCCUUUCGACAGUAUCUGGGCUUAUGGAUCCCUAGGAAGUGCGGUUCCGAAGUUGCAUGAGCAGAGUGGAUUGUUUAUCAAAGCACCACUUCUCCUGCUUCAAUCACAGAGGCUUGGUGGGAUGUAG